UUCAUUCCACUAGUGGGAGGGCUGAGGAGGCCGGUAUAAAAGGACAGCACAAUGACACAAGCCCUGUAGGAGAUCCAGAGAAUAUCUGAGCAGCUUUAAAAGAAGUACAGGAAUAACAAACUGAACCACAAUGAACGCACAGAAGAUGCACACUGCAGAAAUGGAUCUAUCAGAGCAAAUCAAAAAGGUGACGAUGGAGAGUCACAUGAGGGCAGAGAAAACAGAGUUAAUGCUGAGCUUCCAGAGGGGACAAGUCACCAUGCCACAGUACAAGCUGCUUCUCAGUUCCCUCCAUGAGAUCUAUCACACUUUGGAAGAAGAGCUGGACAGGAACUCCAAGCACCCAGCUGUGGAGCCCAUUUACUUCCCGGCUGAGCUGGCCAGGCUGGAGUCCAUCCAGAAAGACCUGGAGUACUUCUACGGUCCAGACUGGAAGGAGAUGAUGGUGGUGCCUGCGGCCACAAGAAGAUACUGCGACAGACUCCGAGAGAUUGGGAAAGAAAAUCCAGAGUUUCUGGUGGCUCAUGCCUACACCCGUUACCUAGGCGACCUCUCUGGAGGACAGGUCCUCGGUCGCAUUGCCCAAAAGUCUAUGGGCCUGAAGAGCAGCGAGGGUCUGUCCUUCUUCGCUUUUCCCGGCGUCUCCAGUCCCAACUUGUUCAAGCAGCUCUACCGCAGCCGCAUGAACGUUCUGGAGCUGAGCGAGGAGGAGAGGAACGGCGUGUUGGAGGAAGCCGUGAGGGCCUUUGAACACAACAUUCAGGUGUUUGAGGGUGUGCAGAAGAUGCUGAGUGUGGGUGAAGAGCAGUACCAAAGCUCCUCAUCAGGAUACGAGAAGAACAUUUGGGUGAGAUCCAUAGGUGCUCCUCCACUCUUCAGGAUGGUUGUUGGAAUGUUUGUGGCCAUCGUCACCAUGGGAAUCUAUAUGCUUUAGGGCAAGGGGUUUCAGAGUGUGGCACAGAGACUAUAAUACGGUUGGUUACUCCGAAAAACACAAAAAACUCAUUUUUAGUGGAAUUUUCUACUCACUCCAGACAUCUAUCAUCUUGGAACUGAAAAUUAAUUCACUUUGUUUUUAAACAAAACUGAAGUUAGAUUAGCAGGUUAAAAAAAGUGGCUUCAUUUUAUCUUUAUUUUUCUUAAACUGCUGACGCUCCCCUGAAGUCUUUUGGCCCGCCAAACACGUGUUUUUCCCCAUUUUUGAGCCAACAUCCAAAGGAAAUGAGUGUAAUAUGCAUGCCAGGCCAGUAGGUGGUGAUGUGACUUUGUUAACUUAUGCACCAACUGCUUGUCCUCUUCAUGCAAAACCAUCCCGUCAGUCCCUUUCAUUGCCGGCUGUGUCAUUAUGUUUAUUAUCAUUUAAAGCAUAUGUCUGCUUUAAAUUAGGGAUAGGGUCAUCCGAUCCAGUAUUGUAUGGGGUUUCUUAUACCUGUGUAAUUAAUGUAUUGGAAAUUGACGGCAUCGCCUAUGGAGAAUUUCAAUCCAUGAGCCAUGUCUGUGCUUUAAUGUUGUCAGCAACCAUAGCUAGAACAAUAUCAGCAAACGUAGCCAAAAGAGUAUCAGCGAACGUAGCUGUCUCCACACUUGCACUGCACCCGUGCUCUCACACAUACUGUAAGUGCUCGGCCUGAAGUGUUCACGGCCACACAAAAAGAGCUGGACAAAAUUUCCUGGUUGUUAGAAUACCAUACUUUCAUGUAGAGAGGAGUUUAUUACAGCUCAUAUAAAAUCAACAAUAAUAAUAAUAAUAUAUAAUAAUAAUAAUAAUGAUAAUGUAGCAAAGAUCCGGAAGUUAUGUUAAGAGCUCUGUGAAGCUACAUUUGCUGAUAUUCUUUUGGCGUGGUUGCAUAUUAACGCAUACAGCUCUGGUAUCGGAAUUGUAUCGAUAUCUGCAGAUAUCCAAAUUCAGGUAUCGGGAUGGCAUCGGAAGUGAAAAUGCGAUGCCGGUAAGAAUGCAUCUAUGCACUUUGCAAGAGACACUAAAACAGCACUGUGGUCCAUCCGCCAUUGUGGUUUCAACUCAGCACUUUGUCCAUUGUACAGACGAUUCUUUUCAGCAUUUACAAAGAAAACGCCCACCAUGUGACACUUUUUUGAAAUGUCUCCAAAACGCAAUUCUAAUGUAAAGAAAUGACCAAAUGAAAAUCGUUUUGAUCCAUUUUUAGUCAUAAACGGCCACGUGUAGACGGAUCCUGGGAUCUUUUAGCGUUUCCAUUAAGUGGAAACAAUUUAAAAUGCAAGACAACUCAAUUCCUUUCAAUUCCUCGUUCAUUUCUGUGGAAGUCGAUCCGGACUGAUUUUUGUUCAUAUGGCACAGGUUAGAAGCGAAGUGAGAUCAUCUCUGAAAAGCCUGUUUGGAGUGGUCAAAUAUGCCCUCCAAAAAUGAUAACUCAUUCUUCUUGAGCUUGUUGCAGUGUCUGAAAGGGUCCACGUUUGUAAAAAAAAAAAAAAAAAAAAAAAAAAGAACAA